GGAAUAAAGCCGACGAGCACAAAGAGCAGCAUUGAGGAGACGGAGGAGCAGAGAGGAGAUCCUGGAGACCACUUCAGCUGGAACCGCAGGAUCUGUACGGAGGAGCUCGGACCAUCCAUCAUCCAUCAUCCAUCCAUCAUCCAUCCAUCAUCCAUCCAUCACCACACAGACGUCUCUGCAGGGCUGAGUCCAUCAGGAACAUGGAGUUUCUGCACGUCGUGGUGUUUGUCCUCCUCUCUGCGCUGGUCGGAGCUCAGGUCCCACACUGGGGUCCGUGUCCGGAACCGGAGGUCCAACAAGCCUUCAGCCUCAAACAGUUCAUGGGCCGGUGGUUCGAAAUCGCCAAACUGCCCGCCCAGUUUGAGAAGGGCCGCUGCAUCGAGACCAACUUCACCCUGAGAACUGACAGCUCCAUCCGUGUGGUCAGCUCUGAGAUCCUGAAAGGGGAGCUGAAAAAGAUCGAGGGGACCGGCAUCAUCGAGGACCCAAAGAACCCGGCCAAGCUGGGCAUCACCUACUCCUACGGUGAGUGCGGCGGCGUGACGGCCUCAGGGAGAGGUCAGGAGGUCAUCAUGAUGUCGGUCUGCUCCCCCACAGUGCUGCCCUACUCCCCCUACUGGAUCCUGUCCACCGACUACGUCAACCAGGCGCUGGUGUACUCGUGCACCGACGUGCUCCGGCUGUUCCACGUGGACUUCGCCUGGGUGCUGGGCCGCACGCGGAGCCUGCCCGAGGCCACCAUCGACAAGGCGCGGGAGGUGUUCGCCCACAACAACAUCGACGUGACCAGAAUGAUUCCCAGCAGGCAGCUGGGCUGCGACAAAACGCUCUGAGGCCUUCAGAGACCAAAGCGGAGGAAAAAACGCUUGAAAACAGAGAUUAUGACAUCAGAAUCUUUAUAACUGGAAUGAUGUCAUUAGUCAAAAUAACAAUGAGAGAAACAUGAUCUCUGUUGUUAAAUCUUAACACACCGUCAACAGGAUUAUUCCAGUAGAUUGUGAAGCUCGUCGAGCCGCUUUUCUCCUUCACAAUCGACUGGAAUGAUCCUGUUAAUGGUUGAAUAGUUACAGUAAAUCAAAGAACAUGAACGCUGAAACUCCAGCAUUAAAGGGUUAAACACGUCAUGCAUUAGAAGAAGUGAUGCAAACUCUAAAGUGGUGAAAAAGUGUAACAAUUUUAUCAAUAAAACAACAA